UUGAACCAGAUUGGAAUGCUCAAGAAUCUGAUCAUGUCACACUGAUUUAGCUUCUCUUUUUAUUAAAAUCCUGAAGGGAGAAAUAGAUCUUCCAUUACUUGCCAUCCAAGCUUGUGUUUUCCUACUCAGCAAAGAAAAACACUGAAUUUAGAAACCUUCUAAGAUCUUAGAUUUAUAGAUCAGAUAAUUUGCUCAGUGAAAUAGAGGAGUGAAUAUUCCAUCAUUUCUUCAUGUCUGAAAAUUGUUUAAAACCACAAUCAAGUGGUGAAUGGGAAUAUAGGACGUGGAGGAAUACACACAACACCAGAGGGCUGUCACUCUAGUUUGUAUUCAGGUCUGCCUGUUGUCAUAGUUACUGAUGUACUCAAAGUGAUUUCCCUCCCAAAUCACACUCUGUAGACGUUCGAUGAAAAUAAGCCAUUCUUGCUGCUUUAUUAUUCUCUAUUCAUGAAUUGAAGCUAAAAAAUAACAUUAAUUGCAUGAAUGUUUUUACACUUUUAGCAAGAUUUUAAACACACAAAACAAAUAAAAGAGGUUUAAUCAAAAUAAAUACCUUUGAUUGAGGUCUCACCUCGUUUGUUCAGCAAUGAUUCGUUGAACACCUUGGUACUGGGGCCAUAACUAUGAUUAUGGCCCAGUCCCCACCCUCAAGGCCAUCAGAGCUCUGCAAGGGAGAGAAAUGAGUGAGGGGUGGGUUUCCACAAAAUGCAAUCAGUGCUGUGGUGGAAGCCAUGGGAAAACAGAAGAGGAGCACCUCAUUAAGUUUGGGGUGUUAGUGGGGUCAGAUCAAGGGGUGCAGGCCAUCCUGCAAGUCUUGAAGCAUUGCUCCUGUGUUUAGGAAACGUAUUUUUAGUUCUCCUGGGUACAGAUCGCCAGUGUCCCCCCGCAGGCUGGAGGCCAGCGCGGUGGCACACAAUGCUCCGUCACCUGCUGAUAUUCACACACAGCUCUCCUCUCUGCCCUGGCCACAGGAACUCCUUCACAGAUAUCCUCCGCGCCAUACUGCUGUCAUUGGAAGUCCUUAUUGAAGAUCCGGAGCUUCAGAUAAAUGGCUUCAUUUUAAUUAUAGACUGGAGUAAUUUUUCCUUCAAACAAGCCUCCAAACUGACACCUUCAAUACUUAAACUGGCCAUCGAAGGGCUGCAGGACAGCUUUCCUGCUCGCUUUGGAGGAGUCCACUUUGUCAACCAGCCCUGGUACAUUCAUGCCCUGUACACGCUUAUCAAGCCAUUCCUUAAAGAUAAGACCAGGAAACGGAUUUUCCUGCAUGGAAACAAUUUAAACAGCCUUCACCAGCUAAUACAUCCUGAAUUUUUGCCCUCUGAAUUUGGAGGAACCCUUCCUCCCUAUGACAUGGGAACUUGGGCCCGGACGUUACUUGGUCCUGACUACAGUGAUGAAAAUGACUAUACUCACACCUCCUAUAAUGCAAUGCAUGUGAAACAUACAUCCUCCAAUCUGGAGAGAGAAUGCUCACCCAAGCCGAUGAAAAGGUAAGGCCUGGGUUAUCAGAGCCUCCCAGUCCGAGGUCCAUGCCAUUUUUGAUUUGGGCCUAUUGUGAGUUAAGGACUUGAAGACAUUUAUGGGCACAGAACUUGAAUAAAAUAAAUUACAAUCCAUUCUCAGCUGAUUUCACUAGAAUUGAAAGCAAAUGGGGCUUGGCUGGUCCAGAAAUAUAGUUGCCCCAUUGUGUUAAAGGGACAGUUAGCCCUAGCUCAUGUCGUGAUUAUGGCCAUGGUCUCUAGGGAGUUUGUUAAUACAUACAUAAUAGAAUGUUGGACCUUUGAGAUACACUAGAUGGAAAAGCAACCUGCUAGAAAAUGUUCCUAUCAUUCAUUCUUUUGGAACCAUUUAUUGAGCAUUUACAAGCCUGCAGCACCGAUUAGGGACCAAGGGCACAAAUAUGAAUCAGACAUCAAAAAAGUAGAGAAAUGUGCCUCGGGAAACCUUCCAAGUGAGACUGUUGGCAA